AGAAGCAGCUCGUCUGCUGGAAAAUCGGGUGAGUACGGGAGGAAUGCCCGACUCGAAAUGUUCCAGAUAGAAGAGAGACAGGAGGGCAAUAUUCUUGUGCGGGUGCCACACAGACCUCGGAAACCGCGGGAGACUCGGCGGACUAUGGCGAGGAAGAUUCGACGCAUCAUGGAGCCCUUUGAUGUGCCCAGGUAG